CAACUCACACGCCCAUCUUCAAACCGUCGCAUAACCUCCGCCAGCACUUCCGCAAACCCGCGCGCAGGACCUACCGCUAUUUGCACCGUAUCGACACCUCAAUCGAACUCCUGAGCGUCCACCCGGUCAGACAGUCAGCAGCAUGGCGAGCAGCAACAAUGACGGUCUCUACGACCCCUAUGUCAAGCGCGGCGCAGAGGGCGAUGUCGGAAACACGCGCACACAAGGACUGCAGCGAGAAAUCGACAGCGCAGUACACACCAUGCAGAACAACAUUCACAAAAUCUCCGAACGUGGCGAGCGCCUAGACAACCUCCAGGACAAGACCGACCACCUCUCAACGCAAGCCAACAGUUUCCGCCGCGGCGCCAACCGGGUGCGAAAGCAGAUGUGGUGGAAGGAUAUGAAGAUGCGCAUGUGUAUCAUCAUCGGUAUCAUCAUCCUGCUUGUAGUCAUCAUAGUGCCCUCUGCUAUCUACGGCAGCAAGCACUAGAACGCGACACGAGACCCUGACCUCAUCACGACGCGAGAAUUCUCGAAGACCGCGAAUGGACAUGAACCUGGAGCAUGGAAAGGCGGAUGCGCAGCAGAGCACUCGCGAGGCUGCUGAUAGCGGGAGGGAAGAAAGAGCUUCAUCACCACCACCUUGUCCACAUACCCCCGACUACCCUGUUGAACAGCAUUGGUCUUGAAUUUACGAUAAUGGCGCUUACGGAGCGAAUGGGCGCAAUCUUCUCGCCGCACGCAAUGUCUUGCUCAGUUCGUGUCACUGUCCUCCUGUAAUUAUCCCCUAUCCAAUCCGCCUUGUUGCAGCAUCAGGAGGAAUGCGCAGACAGCCCUUGCAUUCCGAACAGAAGGUGAGAAAUGAUUAGAGAAAGCAAACCGGGCGAUCCAAGCACGUUGAUUACAAUAUUCGUCCUGCAUAAAGUCGACUGCUGGGUAUCACUAUUCAUAACUCUUUCCUUCGCAUGUCAAUGCUGGGUGCAGUCUGCUAUUCCUCGCCUCAAUCAUCAUCCUAAAGGCACAAAACAAGUGGUAUCAUGCAAUGGUAAUCAAUGGCGUCGCAACAAACAUGCCUUCCUCCUCAGCUCCAAUGCGCAUGGCUUCGGUGUUGAGAUGCCAGAGAUGCAGUAGAAACGUACCGUCCAGAUCCAGCACAAGACUCCAGAAAUGCCACUCAUUUGACAUCAUCGUACGGCACGCUGAUGACAGGCUCGGGAAGCUUGGUGUAGUCGUCGCGAGCAGGCAGUGUCGACAAUGCGUGAGCAUGCGGAGCUUGUGAUGAAGAGUCCUAGACCGCACUUCUUCCCACCCUGCGACGCUUGCCAGCUUUGCCGCAGGUCAGGCAGCUCGCGAUGGCCCAGAAGACACUGACGAUGGCGUUGGCGAUUGCUUUGAUCACAGCAACGAUGGCGUUAACAACGGCCAUGAAACAGCUGGUGAUGGCGUUCACAACGCUGUUGAAGCAAGAGGCGACGGCACCCAUUGUGCUUAUUUGCGAUUCCGCGUGUUUGAUAUGACUGGUACGUGUAUGUCGAGUCGAUGCAGCUCUGGGAGGCUGAUGGGUAGAGCACUGCGCGUUAUGAUUCUGUGUUGAUGAGUCGAUGUAUGCAGCAAAGAAGACGAACGGAGGAGGGACGAGCUGGACGGGACG